AUGAAACUUUUUUACCAUCUCGGCGCCUCAGAGCUCACCCUCCUCUCCCUCGCCCUCCUCUGCCCCGUCCCAUGGACCGUCACUUCGUACCCCCACACCCCCACCGCCCCCCUGCCCACUAUGGGUGAAGAGGAGCUGGAAUCGGCCCUGCUGCUCCUCCAGGCUCCUUUGGAGGAGCAGAGGCUCGUCCAGCCUGAUGCUUGGCCCGAGCAUCCUCAAGACCCCCGGCUGGUCCUGCUGAAGCCCAGGGAGGAGAAGGAGGAGGAGGAGGACAGGUCUUGGGAAGAGGAGGCCCUGCUUAGAGCUCAGAGAGGAGACGUGGUACCCCGGGCGCUGUCGGGUCACUCUCGGGAGAGCAGGAGCUAUCAGGAGGACGGAGACGGGGAGGAAGGAGGGAAGAGGAACGAAGCUCUGACCUCCAUUAUCGGAGGCCUCCAAGCUGUGAGCAGGGAGAAAGGAGGAUUCGGUUUCCGCUUUGGGAGGAAGAGAUGGACCGACAGGGGAUGA